AGUCGCGACGGUCACUGGAUCAACAAACCUUUAUCAACAACCUCAACGACGCCAACCCUAGUAUUGCACCAGAAUGUCUACCUCCUUCUCGCGUUCCAAUACCAUCGAUAUGACAAAGGAAAAGGACUGGCCUGCGAACCUCGGAAUGCUUGACUGGGACGACACAAAUAUCAUCUUUACGAAACGAUCUCUUAUUGAGUUUCUCAAGUACACCGGUACUACUGUGGACACCAACUUUACCAAUGUUCAAAAGCUACCUCGCUACGCGACCUUUGGCACCUUCUCUCCGCCGCUUCACGGCCUUGAUGCUGCUGAAGCCGCAGCAGCUCCCUCGGCAUCCCCAGCCAUCGAGCAAAUUGACACGUUCAAACCUACGCGUCGCGUACGAACUGUCCCUGGGGGCCCACACACUGACAUCUUCGGCGGUGACUUCCAAGAACAGGAUGAUGCUCUAGCCUCAGCACCGCAAAAAGAAUCACAUCAGGUCUCAGCGCCCGAACAACCAGUCUCCUCGGCCCCUGCGAAAGAAGAGGAACCAGAAUAUGGAAUCCCAUUCACAUCGACUGUCAAGCCCAGCAGACGAGUCAGGACCGAACCCGGUGGAAAGAGUUCGCUUGGUAGCUUUUGGGGUGACGACCCGGCACCUGAGGAAUUUAAACCAACGCGGAGAGUACGUCAAGGACCUGGUGGCCAGGAUAACAUCAAUGAUCUCUUUUGAUUGCAAGCGUGAUACAAGAAAGAAUCUUCAAGUAUUGCUGUCACAUCUGACCAUGUAAUUACCCUAAAUGCUUCAUGUCAAUUAAGGGCUACUGUGCCUUUCCCAUGAGGUCUGUUCAGCUGGGAUCUUCGGCACAGCCUUACUAUGUAGUAUGUACUUUCAGAUCCAAAUAAAAAUUUCAAAAACCGAGUUUGAU